UCUACAAUUUUUUCAUUGCAGAUGACCAUGAUUUUCUACGAGGUUCUUAGGUUAUACCCAGCAGUACCUAUACUUGUUCGAACUGUACACAAGAAGACAAAGGUCGAAAAUUUUGUUCUACCUCCUGGACUGGAACUUUUGUUGUCAGUUAUGUCAAUCCAUCGUGAUCGUGAAACUUGGGGUGAAGAUGUAAUGGAGUUCAAGCCUGAGAGAUUUUCUGAAGGAAUUACAAAGGCAACAAAGACCCCAGGCACAUUCCUUCCUUUUGGUGGGGGUCCCCGUAACUGCAUUGGACAAAACUUUGCAAUGAUAGAAGCAAAAAUAGCCUUAGCAAUGAUUUUACAACGUUUCUCAUUUCAGCUUUCCCCAUCAUAUGUGCACGCUCCUUCCCAUGUUUUUACACUGAAUCCCCAACAUAGUGCUCACUUGAUAUUACAGAAAAUUUAGGAUUUGAUUGAUCUUUACAAUGAUAAUAUGUAAAAUGAGGAUCUUACCGCUGUGGUUUUCAUAAAUGAAUAAAAUUUAAUAUGUUAAAUUCUAAGGCCUUGGAAAACUCAAUGCAGACCUUGUGUAACUUAUACAAUAUAUUGAAGGAACAUGAUCUUAUAUCUCUAAAACUAU